ACAUAUGAUAGCAUCAAUUAUUAUUCGUUUUGUAAACAAAUGAAGCAUCAAAUUAUAAACCCAAUUAUUUAUUAAGUUUAUGAUGCAAAAUGGAUAACGUUGAAAAUGAGUGGAAACUCUGGUGUCGCCUUUGUGCAAAGGCUGAUGUACAAAAUAUCAACUUAUUUUCAGAUUCUAUUCCGACCUCCAACAGCAAUACAAUAAACUUUAUUGCUGCUAUAAAUGAAUACUUUCACGUUCAGAUUAUUCAAGAAGGGAAUCUGCCCCAGGUGGUUUGUACUCAAUGCUUGCUAAUGGUAACGUCUUUAGUGGAAUUCGCUGCUCGUAUAAGUAAAGUUCAAAAAAUGUACAAUACUCUUAAAAAUCGUAAAGAAAUAACGGAGCUGGAUUUGGGGAUAUUUGCACAGAAAUACGAUGCUCUUAACGAGGACCCAGUCGAGACGGACCCUUUAACAAUGACAAAUAAAUUUUAUACGCCAACGGCAAUCGAAAACCAACUCAGUUGCAAUUUACCCCCAUUUUUAAACACAGUAUCAUCGGAAGUCCAAAACGAAUUAAUUUGUGACAAACAGGCUGAUAGAUUAAAUGAAAAAUUUAAUAAAAUUAACAAAUCUAAAGGUGAUUUUGUCCAACAUAGCGAAUCGAGCGGUUAUAAAUUACCAAGUAGCAGUGCUAUGAUUGAGGCUCCCGUGAAUGUUAAAUCUAAUGAAAAUACUAUUGCAUUAAAGAAAUUGCAUAAUAAAAAGUUCCAAAACGUCAACAGCUGCGUGAAUAGUGAUAUGUCUGAAAAACGUUUAGCUUCCUCGAAUAAAAACCGAAAUAAAAGCAAAUACCUUUGCAGCCACUGCCCACAGCGUUUCCAACGAAUCAGCAGUUACAGAUUGCAUAUAAAGAAAAAGCAUGGUAAAAUUGAAAAAGACGCGCCGUUAGUAGAGAAGCAAGUAUAUACCUGUCCGAAUUGUGAGCUAAUGUUCCCAAGGAGAGCUCUGAGGACACAACAUGUAAAAUCUGUACACGGUGAUAAAAGUGCUUUUAUUUGUGAAAAGUGCGGUGAAAUUAUGGGUAGUAAAACGGCACUUCGCGAUCAUAUGCUCACACACUCAAAUUAUGCACCUUUCGAAUGCAAAGUGUGCGGGAAAUGUUUCAAACAAAAAAAACGUCUAAAGAUACACAUGGAUAUACAUGGAGAUAAACAUAUUUGUAACGAGUGUGGUCUCCAAUUGAGCUCCCGUUCUACACUCUAUUUUCAUUCAAUGGUUCAUUCCGAUGCAAUGCCACAUAAAUGUGACUAUUGUGGGCGAGCCUUUAAGCGGGCCAAGACACUGAAAAACCAUCUUAUUCUUCACACUGGUCUAAAACCAUAUUCAUGUGACUUUUGUGAUAAGACCUUUUCAAAUACCACGAGUUGUCGUACACAUAAAAAGAACUUACACGCCGAAGAAUUUGCUGCUCAAGAGGCAUCUGGAGAAAAGCCGCCCAAAGCAAGGAAUAUACCAACGUUGGCUGUGUUAAAAGCAAUAACUCGUACAGCUAAUAAUCUUACCCCAGUGGCACCGAAACAAAGCGGCAAUUUUUCUUGUGGUAAAAAACGAACAUUGGAUGAAAGAAACUCUAACCUCAUGAGCAAGAUGUGCAAACAUGAUUCCACAGAAUUUGCGGCAACCAAUAACGCUGUUAUAAAUGCUACCCUGGCCAAUACAUUUGUAUCAAAUACCGAAUGCAAUAGUACCAAUUAAAUCAAUUUAAAGUUCAA